GGGAAGACAGGCCGGCGGGGCUCGGCCAUGGACUCGGCGGCGGCUGCUCGUGCGGCCGCCGCGACGGAUAAGCGAAUGGUGAGAAGAGGCGGCGCGGUCGGGAGCCACUUCGCCACUAGGUGAAGGGGAAGGUGGGGAGAGACUGCCGGAGACAGAGGAAGAGGAGAGCCUGAGAGAGGAGCCUACGGGCGGGCGGGCUCGGCUGCCACCCGGGCGCUGCUGUUGCUGUUGCCGCUGCUGCCUCCCAGCGGAGGGGAGGAGAAGGAGGCGGCGGCGGCUCGGGCACCGGCAGCCGACGCACAGCAGUCGGGGAGCCCGCUGGAAGGGGCGAGCCGGGUCUCUGUCUGUCCGUCUGUGUGUCCGUCUGGGCGCGGCGGCCGAGCUGCCCUCUCGGGAGUUUCCCGUCGUCGCGGGAUUUCCUGCUGGGAUAUUCACCCCCUCCUCCCUCCCUCCCUCCUUCCUUCCUUCCUCUCCCUGCUUCUCCCACAUUCCCUCCUCCUCCUCUUCCUCGGUGUUCUUGUCUCUCUGACCAUCCUGUCAAAACUGCCGCCCGAGCCCGCCCUCCCCCCUCCCUCGGUCCACGUCCACGGGGGACGUCGCUCGCUGCGCUCCCUCUGAGCCUCUAGCUAGGGGGCCGCGGAGGCGCUGGGGGGGGGGAGGCCGCGGCCGGCACGGAAGGAGGAGGACGAGGAAGAAGCAGCAGCAGAAGGCAGGGAAAAAGGGAGCGCCCCGGGAGACCAUGAAGAAAUUCAACAUCAGGAAGGUGCUGGACGGCUUGACAGCCGGCUCGUCGUCGUUGUCGUCGUCCUCUCAGCAGCAGCAGCAGCAACAGCAGCAGCAGCCGCAGCCCGGGAGCCGGGAGAACGAAGUGCAGGAGACGCUCCAGUCCGAGCACUUCCAGCUCUGCAAGACUGUUCGCCAUGGAUUCCCCUAUCAACCCUCAGCCUUGGCAUUUGAUCCUGUGCAGAAGAUCCUGGCAGUUGGAACUCUGACUGGUGCUUUAAGGCUCUUUGGUCGUCCAGGAGUAGAAUGUUAUUGCCAGCAUGACAGUGGUGCUGCAGUAAUCCAGCUCCAGUUCCUGAUUAAUGAGGGAGCUCUUGUGAGUGCCUUGGCUGAUGACACCUUACAUCUGUGGAAUUUACGUCAGAAGAGACCUGCCAUACUGCAUUCACUGAAAUUUAGCAGAGAAAGGAUAACAUUUUGCCAUCUGCCUUUCCAGAGCAAAUGGCUUUAUGUGGGCACAGAAAGAGGUAACAUACAUAUUGUCAACGUUGAAUCCUUCACACUCUCAGGCUACGUCAUUAUGUGGAAUAAAGCCAUUGAGCUGUCAUCUAAAUCUCACCCAGGACCUGUUGUCCAUAUAAGCGAUAAUCCAAUGGAUGAGGGAAAGCUUUUGAUUGGUUUCGAAUCUGGAACAGUAGCAUUAUGGGACCUCAAAUCAAAGAAAGCAGAUUAUAGGUACACACAUGAUGAGGCAAUACACUCAGUUGCCUGGCACCAUGAAGGAAAACAAUUCAUUUGUAGUCAUUCAGAUGGCACUUUGACAAUAUGGAAUGUAAAGUCUCCCACUAAGCCUGUACAAACAAUUACUCCACAUGGAAAGCAAUUAAAGGAUGGGAAAAAACCAGAACCAUGCAAACCUAUCCUCAAGGUGGAAUUCAAAACGACUAGAUCUGGGGAACCUUUUAUCAUUCUUUCAGGAGGUUUGUCCUAUGAUACUGUAGGAAGGAGACCUUGUUUAACAGUUAUGCAUGGGAAAAGCACAGCUGUGCUGGAAAUGGACUAUUCGAUUGUUGAUUUUCUUACACUCUGUGAAACACCGUAUCCAAAUGAUUUUCAAGAACCAUAUGCUGUGGUUGUACUUCUGGAAAAGGAUUUAGUACUUAUAGACCUUGCACAAAAUGGGUAUCCUAUAUUUGAAAAUCCCUAUCCCCUAAGUAUACAUGAAUCUCCAGUUACCUGUUGUGAAUACUUUGCUGAUUGCCCUGUGGAUGUUAUCCCUGCACUUUAUUCCGUUGGAGCCAGACAGAAACGCCAAGGUUACAGCAAAAAGGAGUGGCCUAUUAGUGGAGGUAACUGGGGAUUGGGUACUCAGAGUUACCCUGAAAUUAUCAUCACUGGGCAUGCAGAUGGGUCUGUCAAGUUCUGGGAUGCCUCUGCAAUAACACUUCAAGUACUAUAUAAGCUAAAAACAUCUAAAGUAUUUGAAAAAUCAAGAAAUAAAGAUGACAGACCAAACACAGACAUUGUAGAUGAAGAUCCAUAUGCCAUUCAGAUAAUUUCAUGGUGUCCAGAAAGUAGAAUGCUGUGUAUUGCUGGUGUCUCAGCACAUGUCAUUAUCUAUCGGUUCAGCAAACAAGAAGUGACAACAGAAGUUAUUCCGAUGCUUGAAAUACGACUAUUAUAUGAGAUAAAUGACGUGGACUCACCUGAGCUUGAACAAGUUCCACCAUUGCCAACACCUGUAGGAGGUUCCAAUCCUCCACCUAUUCCUCCUCAGUCUCAUCCAUCAACUAGUAGCAGUUCAUCUGAUGGACUUCGUGACAAUGUCCCAUGUUUAAAGGUUAAAAAUUCUCCUCUAAAGCAGUCUCCAGGCUAUCAGACAGAGCUGGUUAUUCAGCUUGUGUGGGUAGGUGGAGAACCCCCACAACAAAUAACUAGCCUUGCUGUCAACUCCUCCUAUGGCAUAGUAGUUUUUGGCAAUUGUAAUGGUAUUGCAAUGGUUGAUUAUCUCCAGAAAGCAGUGCUUCUCAACCUUGGCACCAUUGAAUUAUAUGGUUCUAAUGAUCCUUAUCGACGAGAGCCCCGAUCACCACGCAAAUCUCGACAACCAUCAGGAGCAGGUCUCUGUGAUAUUAAUGAAGGGACUGUAGUGCCAGAAGAUCGUUGCAAGUCACCUACUUCUGGUUCUACGUCUCCAGACAAUUCUGAUGAUGAACAAAAAGUGACUAAUUUUAUAGAAAAGGUGAAGACCAAAAGCAGAAAAUUUUCCAAGAUGGUAGCCAAUGAUAUCGCCAAGAUGUCAAGAAAGUUAAGUUUACCUACAGAGCUGAAGCCUGAUUUAGAUAUAAAAGACAAUUCCUUCAGUCGGUCACGGAGUUCAAGUGUAACCAGUAUUGACAAAGAAUCUCGAGAAGCAAUUUCUGCUCUUCAUUUCUGUGAAACCUACACACGCAAGACUGAUUCUUCGCCUUCCCCAUGCUUAUGGGUUGGGACAACUUUAGGUACAGUGCUUGUCAUUGCACUGAAUGUUCCUCCAUGUGGAGAACCAAGACUCCUUCAGCCAGUCAUUGUGUCUCCAAGUGGUACCAUAUUGAGAUUAAAAGGGGGAAUCUUAAGAAUGGCAUUUCUAGAUACCACUGGAUGUUUAGUGCCACCGGCUUAUGAACCCUGGAGAGAAUAUAAUGUGCCUGAAGAAAAAGAUGAAAAGGAUAAGUUGAAAAAACGGAGACCUGUCUCUGUAUCUCCCUCUUCCUCUCAGGAAAUCAGUGAAAACCAAUAUGCAGUGAUUUGUUCUGAAAAGCAAGCAAAAGUGAUCUCACUGCCAACCCAGAACUGUGCUUAUAAGCAAAAUAUAACAGAGACCUCUUUUGUUCUUCGUGGAGAUAUAGUGGCAUUGAGCAAUAGUGUUUGCCUUGCAUGUUUCUGUGCCAAUGGACAUAUUAUGACUUUUAGUUUGCCAAGUUUAAGGCCACUAUUGGAUGUGUAUUACCUGCCACUUACCAAUAUGAGGAUAGCAAGAACAUUCUGUUUCACUAACAAUGGACAAGCUUUGUAUCUUGUCUCACCUACGGAAAUUCAGAGACUCACCUAUAGUCAAGAAACUUGUGAAAAUCUCCAGGAAAUGUUAGGUGAACUCUUCACUCCAGUAGAAACACCUGAAGCACCAAACAGGGGAUUUUUUAAAGGCUUGUUUGGAGGUGGUGCACAGUCCCUUGACAGAGAAGAACUCUUUGGAGAGUCAGCAUCUGGAAAGGCAUCCAGGAGUCUUGCUCAACACAUCCCUGGUCCUGGUGGUAUUGAAGGUGUUAAAGGAGCAGCAUCUGGUGUAGUUGGUGAACUGGCUCGAGCCAGGUUGGCACUGGAUGAAAGAGGACAGAAACUUGGUGAUCUUGAAGAAAGGACAGCUGCUAUGCUAUCAAGUGCAGAUUCAUUUUCUAAACAUGCUCAUGAGAUGAUGUUGAAGUACAAAGAUAAAAAGUGGUACCAGUUUUGAAAGCCAGAAUCCAGUUAUAUACAACUUGGUCUAGAAGAGGGGAAGAAAUCCCUUUUUUCUUUCCAUUAAUUUCUUUAAGACAGAAUUGAAGGGGUAUUCAUCACUGGAUCUUUUCUAGCACAAUCAUGCACUGUUUUGCCUCAGUCAUGUGGCUUUAACUGAGGAGCAUUGUGUUUAAAAUACAUACACAUACAACUGGAGUAUCCAUGUGUGUCCCCACUAUGAAUUAACAACUUGAGAACUGAGCAGGUCACACAGGACACAUGAAGAGGAAAAGAGAAAAUUGGCACAAAAUGGCAGUGGUGGUCUUGGAUCAGUCCUUUACUUAAAAUUUCACAUGCCUAGAGAUUUUGUGCUAUUGUAUCAGCUAUCAGUGCCGAGUUUCUUUUAAGGAGAGACAGUAAAUCAGGGGUUCUAGAACUGGAACGGUCAUAUUUGCAUCAUUGAACUGAACUAUUAACAGCUGUCAUGAACUUCCCCCCUUCCCUUGAAUGGAUUGGUCAUCAUUAUCAGUAGUGAAGAAGAAUUAAGCUGUUUGCUACCAUCUGUUGAGACAGACAAAGUUAAAGUAUUGGCUAUUGUUAAACAUAGUUGACCUGGGGAUGGGCUAUUCUUGGAUCUCUUUUGUUGUAUUCCUGUAUUCAAUCCAUACUCUGUCAAAACAAAGCAAAGGAGAGGAAUCACUUUUCAUUGAAAAGUGUAAAGAACAUGAAUGAACUCAUAUUUCUGGAAAUUUCUUUGUAGAAUGGCUAUGCAGUGUGAAAAGUGAAAAACCUCCAUUGUGGUGAGGAGAAUACUUCAAUGUCUGUUGUUUUUGUUCUUGUUAACUUAGCUAAUGGUAGUUUUGACCCAAAAAGUUAUUAGUUGAAUUUGUAAAAAUGUUAAAAUUGGCUAAGGUUUUAAUUUAUGCUUGAAUUUUUUAUAAAAAGUUUAACCAAAUGUACCUUUGCAUCUGUUUAAUUAAAAUUGCUAACAUGGUUUCGUUAUUUCA